ACACAGGACUCCUCCCCCUUUGUCCCCAUGACGGCACCACCGACUGUCACUUCUAGCAGCACCAUUCCCGUCCUGUCGCUCACCUCCUCCCCCAAUGUGACCAGAAGGUCCCUCCCCUCCGACAAUUCAGACCCAUACCUGUCCAACCCACCCCGGUCCCCCAGGGGCCGUCCAUCGUCCCCCAGGGGCGGUCCAUCGUCCCCCCGCCCCCAGUACUACGACCGGCCUGUCUCCACAUCCUCAUCCCGUCUGUCCUCCGGCUCCUAUGACUACACCAUGGGAACCCGGUCAGCCUCUCCGGUUCCAGAAGCCCAGCUUCCCAUGCCGCGGUACACGGACUGGACCCCGCCUCAGCGACAUCCUUCAACCUAUGAGAUGCCUCCAGGAUUUGCCCCGCCCAGGUUCUCAGGUGAUGAAGCGAGAUGUUUCCCGGCACAUUACGCGAGGAUGGAGCGAGUGUCGCUGGGGGCGGUGCCUCUGGUGAAAGCCUGGAGGGAGAGCAGUCUGGACCCGGCACCCAUGAAAGGCAAGGUGAGUCCAGGUGACAUUGUGUCCUCUGCGGGUGCGACGCGGCGUAUGUGUGAGACAUUGUCCGCUCCUCGGCCCGCACGACCUCCGGCCUCCGUACCGGGCAUGCCGGGCCCUCCCACCGCCCCGGCAGCAUCUCCGCCGGCACCCGAGGAGGUCCCCCGGCCUCUCAGCCCUACCCGUCUCCAGCCGCAUCUCCCGCCGCAGAUGGCCGACGUACAGAGAGUUCUGGAAGAUAUACCGCGGCCCCUGCGGAGGCGGGGCUCCCAGGAACAGACAUCGCAAGCUCCCCUCCUGCCGUCUGACCGCCGCCAAUACCGCCAGAUCAUGGGCCGGCUCUUCGGCAGAGCCGCCCCCAAAGCUUCCCCGGAGCAGCCCAAAGGCGAAGAGAAGCUUCAAGGAUCCGCCCAUAAAGGAAGCUCCGCCCAGGAAGAGCCUCCAGGAGAAGAAGCCUUCAAGAUCCCCGAGGAGCCACGGCCGGAGGAGAAACGCGAGGCCGCCGCCCCUAAACCUGCCGAGGACCCCGCCUACAUCUUCCUGGAGACCUCCGAGUCCAGAGUCGGCGCAACCGCCGCGCUACAGGCUGAAGCGGAACUUCCUGUCCCUGUGGUAGUCAGUGGAGGCCAGCCUCUGGAGCUGCGCUCGGCCCUGAAGGGUCAGACUUCACCCUGCAAGCCCCGCCCCCGCCGCGCCCGCCUGGACCCCCUGAUCCUGCUAUUGGACGGCGCGCUUAGCGGGGAGGUGGACGUGGUCAGUCAGGCAUUGCGAGAGGUGAAUGAUCCGAGUCAGCCCAACGAGGAAGGGAUCACCGCGCUCCACAACGCCAUCUGCGGGGCCAACUUCCACAUCGUCACCCUGCUCAUCAACAGCGGGGCCAACGUCAAUGCGGCGGACAGCCAUGGAUGGACUCCUCUGCACUGCGCGGCUUCCUGUAACGACCUCCAGAUCUGCACCGCGCUGGUGCGUCAUGGUGCCGCCAUCUUUGCCACGACCUUCAGUGACGGCAGCUUACCGGUGGAGAAGUGCGACCCCUACAGGGAGGGCUACAAGGAGUGCCUGACGUACCUGACUGAGGUGGGGGAGUGUAUGGGGGAGACGCAGAGCGGAGUGGUGUACGCCUUGUGGGAUUACUCCGCAGAGUUUGCUGACGAGCUGUCUGUACGAGAGGGGGACUCGGUCACGGUCCUGAGGAAGGACGGCGAGGGCGGCACCUGGUGGUGGGCGGCUCUCUGCGGACGGGAGGGCUACGUUCCACGCAACUACUUCGGGAUGUAUCCUCGGCUCCGCCCCCAGCGCAGUCCUCUGUAACAGAAGAACAAAACUCCGAUCUGGUCAUUACUGGAGGACCCGACCUGCGUGUGUAUGUAGAGGUGUCUGCGUGAUCGCUGCG